UGCUGUAUUUAAUACGUUAUUUUAUGCAGCUAUAAGACCUGUCAAAACAUGCAAUCAUAUAGACUGGCGCUACCGUUAUCGAUAUGGAAUAACAGCGAUUUUCCAUAUAUUUAAAAGUUACCCUGGCAUAGGAAAAUGUAACUUCAUCAAACCUAUAUAACGGUGAAUAAUUUGGGCAACUGCCCUGUUUUGUCUCGCUAUUCGUCAAGUACUGUUUCUCUUCUCUCUCGUCUAGAGGAGAUACGAACUCCAUUCUGUAAAUUCAGCUUGGAGUCCGCCUUCUUUUUCUGACCACGGGAGGAGCGGUCGCGUGGGCGCCUGAAAGAAUUGAAACAGACUGACACUGCCAAUAUCCAAUAAAUGUAAAGUAAGGGUGGCCCAGUUGGACAUCGAGCCAAUUGACAGCUCGUAUGGGCGUGACGUUAGUCCAAACUUUCCGAGGCGCCAUCGGCUGAAAACUAAACCGAGAUGGAAUCUCCCAGUCUGAACCGGUUUCAACCGGUUGUGAGUUUGUUGCUUGAGAGGAGAGAGGCGCAGGCUCACAGUCUCCUAAACCGCCCGCUGCAAAAUUUAUCUCAGUAAAGACAUAAUUUAUAAAUUAAGCUACAUUUUAUUUCGUAAAAUGCAUUGGAGUACGAAGUUACUCAGCUUGCCGUAGUAAUUGAUGCGAAUUCCACAUCAGUGGUCAUCACCAUCCAGCAACCAACGUUAUCACAGCUACUGGUAAAGGAAUAGGGGCUGUUCAACGUUAGGGGACAGUCUUUUCAGCUAGGUAGCUCCUGCUAGCAAACUAGCAAAUAUCAAGCAACUGGAAUACUGAACCUAGACAGCAUUGUAAGUUCGUGGCUUGAAGCCAUCCCUCUUUCAGGCAAAGGCUUGGACGUUUGGUAGGUAAUGCUGAGCGCUGGUUUAAAACUCAUUUGUUAACGCUUUAACAUUUCCUGUGGGCUUGUAACGUUACCUGAAGACUGUGCUGUAAAUUAUCUCUUGUAUGCUUUACUACACUUUGGGAAUAAAUCCAAAGACGCACCUCUCUGGUUAUUCUCAUAGGUAAGUAGCUCUGAAAGUGUUCUCUGCAGGUAGCUGGCCAAAAUAAGUUAGCAGUCUAACGUUAGCAUAAGGUAUUGCGGGUGUGUGACAGAACUCGUGCCGUGAAUGGUUGUAUGAUUUUCAUGUUCACUGCUAAGCUUGUGGUGUGAGUCAGGGUUGAAUGAAUCCAGCUGACCUGUUAAUCAGCUAGCUGCAUAAUACUCACCAUUCUGCUUGUGGGAGGAAAAGUAUACGUGUGUCGUUAAUACAUUUGCUUGACGAGAACUAACACAGAGCAAUUAAAGUAACGGCAUUGCAACGGUAGGCAGGUCCUUACAAUGAAACUGAAUGUUAGCCACCAAGCUAACGGGUUGUGAUAAGGUUGCUGGGUUCAAAGUAACGUUACUGAAGAGAGACUGUUCCACCGAGUAAAUACAAAACUGCAAUUGACUGCUGUCCGUAGGACAUCUCUGAAAAAUGCAAAAUCACAGGCAUAACUCCAAAACAAAAGUUGGGUAAGGCUUGUAGUAGACGCGUCUUGCAUAGCGGCCGGGGGAAUGCAGACUCUGCGAGCUAGCCAUCUCUCGUCCGACUGUUUGCUAGUUGCGCCAAGCAGCGUGUUGGUGGUGGGAGGGGUAGCAGCAUGGAAACGCACGGACUCGUAGAUCUACAUGUACAGCAGAGACCAAUGCAUGCGCUUCAGUUCUGCUCUGAGGGAUGGGUACAAUAAUGUUGGUUUGCGGUGACUUGCACACACAUGUGUGGGCCAGUUUAAACAGUAUGUCACUUCAAUUAAGGCAUAGGAAAUUACUUUCAGAUGUAUUGUCUGUAUAACAAAAAUGAUAAAUCUGCUAGUAGUGUUGCUACCGUGAAGGGAAGCCAAACAGUUGAAUAUUGAUUUGGCACCUGCUCACACCAAAGUGUCUUUAUAGGAUAUGCGUGUGGUUCACAGUCAUGUUAUGCAAUCAUAUACUGUAUUUCUUAAUGUGUGAGCGCAUUGUACAAAUAGUCCUGCAGAUGAAAGGGACGUUCUUUACUCAGUACACUGGCAACAUCCAAGAUAUCAAACAUGGAUUGUAAAUAGCUGCUAGAGCUACCUGUUCAGAGUGUAAUUCGAGUAGUUACUUAAACCGUCCGUGUUUCCACGCCAACAAUUAGGUAAUCCUAUUCGGAACAAACAUUGGGAAGUUGGUUGGACAAUCAAGAUGGUGAAAUAAACAUUGGCUUUUAUGUUUCUCAAUUGCUUAAUAGAGCCCUGUAAACCACAUUGAUUUAUACGCCACCAUGGAACUUGGAAACACCUUGCAACAAAUAUUGGCCUCAUCAUAGAUUACCUUAACUUCACUGCUGCAUUAUGUUUCGUUUUUUGUCAUUAUUGUUUGCUUUUUACGACAUACCAUGCAGUUGUAGGGCCUGCAUGCCCCUAAAUCCACCAAGAGGCUGAGUGGGUUAACAGAACACCCAACUUGUUCAGAUGCUUACAAGACCUUUCUCGUCGCAUUAUGUAAACCUCCUAUCUGCGUUUUGGCGUAACUGUCAUUAAGUGGCCACUGAUUGGGUAUAAAAUCACAGUAGUCUCGACGGCUGAGAUUAGGCCACGCCUGUAAGCGCCAGAUGUAAACAAUGUGACGUCGCAGGACGUGCAGAGGCGCACGUGCUCUCUUAUUGUGAGGGAUGAAAUGAAUGUGCCCUGGCACGCACACUCUUUGGUUAAGCACAAACAUGUGCUUUCUGGUGUCCGCGGCCAGCUCAGGUUUUAGGCCCCCUGUUGUUUACUUUACAUGAAAGCGUUUUGGUGCGGCCUUUUUUUAACAAGUUGUUUUUGUGGGGUGGAAUAAUUGAUGAACACUGUGUUGCCCUAGCCACGGCAGCUCAUGUAAGGGUUGUUGAUGGCAAACCUUUGUCUGCGGGAUGGGGGGCAUGGCAUGGGUGCAGGGGUGGAUUCAGUCAGCUGUUUGGAAUUGUGUGCCCAAACUUUCAAUUCACAUGACUUUGCCUGCUGGAUGUUUUCUCUGCCCCAUAACCUCUCUUCCCCCCCUGUCCUUGCAGAGCUCUAUGCCAGCAAUUAUGACAAUGUUAGCCGACCAUGCAGCGCGACAGCUGCUGGACUUCAACCAGAAACUGGAUAUUAACCUGCUAGAUAAUGUUGUAAAUUGUCUCUACCACGGCGUGGGACAGCAGCAAAGAAUGGCUCAGGAGGUGCUGACCCACUUGAAAGAGCAUCCCGACGCCUGGACCAGAGUAGACACCAUCUUGGAGUUCUCGCAGAACAUGAACACCAAAUACUAUGCCCUGCAGAUUCUGGAAACGGUUAUAAAAACAAGAUGGAAGAUUUUACCUCGAAACCAGUGUGAAGGAAUCAAAAAGUAUGUUGUGGGUCUGAUUAUCAAAACGUCAUCCGAUGCUGCGACUGUUGAGAAAGAAAAGGUAUACAUUGGAAAGCUGAAUAUGAUCCUCGUGCAGAUUCUGAAGCAGGAGUGGCCCAAGCACUGGCCCACCUUCAUCAGUGACAUAGUGGGCGCCAGUCGCACCAGCGAGAGCCUGUGCCAGAACAACAUGAUCAUCCUCAAGCUGCUGAGCGAGGAGGUCUUCGACUUCUCCAGUGGACAGAUGACACAGGUCAAGGCCAAGCACCUCAAAGACAGCAUGUGUAAUGAAUUCUCCCAGAUAUUCCAGCUCUGCCAGUUUGUCAUGGAAAACUCCCAGAAUGCCCCGCUGGUCCAUGCCACGUUAGAAACCCUGCUCCGCUUCCUCAACUGGAUCCCUCUGGGUUACAUAUUCGAAACCAAACUCAUCAGUACUCUAGUAUAUAAGUUCCUAAACGUGCCCAUGUUCCGCAACGUGACGUUGAAGUGCCUGACUGAGAUCGCUGGCGUGAGCGUGAGCCAGUACGAGGAGCAGUUUGUCACGCUGUUCACUCUCACCAUGAUGCAGCUCAAACAGAUGCUUCCGCUGAACACCAAUAUCCGGCUGGCGUACGCCAAUGGCAAGGACGAUGAGCAGAACUUUAUCCAAAACCUCAGCCUGUUCCUCUGCACCUUCCUCAAGGAGCACGGCCAGCUCAUCGAGAAGAGACUCAACCUGCGCGAGACACUCAUGGAGGCUCUGCACUACAUGCUGCUGGUGUCGGAGGUGGAGGAGACGGAGAUCUUCAAGAUCUGCCUGGAGUACUGGAACCACCUGGCGGCCGAGCUGUACCGGGAGAGCCCCUUCUCCACCUCCACCUCCCCACUGCUCUCCGGCAGCCAGCACUUCGACGUGCCGCCACGCAGACAGCUAUACCUGCCAGUACUCUCCAAGGUGCGUCUGCUGAUGGUGAGCCGCAUGGCCAAGCCAGAGGAGGUGCUGGUGGUGGAGAACGACCAGGGGGAGGUGGUCAGGGAGUUCAUGAAGGACACAGACUCCAUCAACCUCUACAAGAACAUGAGGGAGACACUCGUCUACCUGACUCAUUUGGACUAUGCGGACACGGAGCGCAUCAUGACUGAGAAGCUGCAUAACCAGGUGAACGGCACUGAGUGGUCGUGGAAGAACCUCAACACGCUGUGCUGGGCCAUCGGCUCCAUCAGCGGGGCCAUGCACGAAGAGGACGAGAAGAGGUUCCUCGUCACCGUCAUCAAGGACCUGCUGGGUCUGUGUGAGCAGAAGAGGGGGAAGGACAACAAGGCCAUCAUCGCGUCCAACAUCAUGUACAUCGUGGGCCAGUACCCGCGCUUCCUGCGCGCCCACUGGAAGUUCCUCAAGACCGUCGUCAACAAGCUCUUUGAGUUCAUGCACGAGACGCAUGACGGUGUGCAGGACAUGGCGUGCGACACCUUCAUCAAGAUCGCCCAGAAGUGCCGGCGGCAUUUUGUGCAGGUGCAGGUGGGCGAGGUGAUGCCCUUCAUCGACGAGAUUCUCAACAACAUCAACACCAUCAUCUGCGACCUGCAGCCACAGCAGGUGCACACGUUCUAUGAGGCGGUGGGCUACAUGAUCGGAGCCCAGACAGACCAGGCGGUACAGGAGCACCUUAUAGAGAAGUACAUGUUACUCCCCAACCAGGUGUGGGACAGCAUCAUCCAACAGGCCACCAAGAACGUGGACAUCCUGAAGGACCCUGAGACGGUGAAGCAGCUGGGCAGCAUCCUGAAGACCAACGUGCGGGCGUGCAAGGCGGUGGGCCACCCCUUCGUCAUCCAACUGGGGCGCAUAUACCUGGACAUGCUCAACGUCUACAAGUGCCUCAGCGAGAACAUCUCUGCCGCCAUACAGACCAACGGUGAGAUGGUGACUAAGCAGCCGCUGAUCAGGAGCAUGAGGACGGUGAAGAGGGAGACGCUAAAGCUCAUCUCCGGAUGGGUCAGCCGCUCCAACGACCCACAGAUGGUGGGUGAGAACUUUGUUCCUCCGCUGCUGGACGCGGUGCUCAUCGAUUACCAGCGGAAUGUUCCGGCGGCCCGGGAGCCCGAGGUGCUGAGCACCAUGGCGACUAUCGUAAACAAACUGGGCGCCCACAUCACCACAGAGAUCCCACAGAUCUUCGACGCCGUCUUCGAGUGCACUCUCAACAUGAUCAACAAGGACUUUGAGGAGUACCCGGAGCACAGGACGCACUUCUUCUACCUGCUGCAGGCGGUCAACUCCCACUGCUUCCCUGCAUUCCUGGCCAUCCCCCCGGCACAGUUCAAACUGGUGCUGGACUCCAUCAUCUGGGCCUUCAAGCACACCAUGAGGAACGUGGCCGACACAGGUCUGCAGAUCCUGUACACGCUACUGCAGAACGUGGCGCAGGAGGAGAGUGCGGCCCAGAGCUUCUACCAGACGUACUUCUGCGACAUCCUGCAGCACAUAUUCUCAGUCGUCACCGACACGUCGCAUACUGCCGGUCUGACGAUGCACGCGUCCAUCCUGGCGUACAUGUUCAACCUGGUGGAGGAGGGCAAGAUCAGCACGGCCCUCAACCCCUCCAGCGGUGUCAACAACCAGGUGUUCAUCCAGGAGUACGUGGCCAACCUGCUCAAGACCGCCUUCCCACACCUGCAAGAUGCCCAGGUGAAGGUGUUUGUGACUGGUCUGUUCAGCUUGAACCAGGACAUCCCAGCCUUCAAGGAGCACCUCAGGGACUUCCUGGUACAGAUCAAGGAGUUUGCCGGCGAGGACACGACAGACCUGUUUCUGGAGGAGCGGGAGGCAUCGCUGCGGCAGGCCCAGGAGGAGAAGCACAAGCUGCAGAUGUCCGUACCGGGCAUCCUCAACCCGCACGAGAUCCCAGAGGAGAUGUGCGACUGAGGCCCUUGCAUACACAUACACACACGUGCACACCACCAUACUCACUCACACACAUGGAAAUCACGUCUCUCUUGCACACGCACGCACACACACACACAAUCACUCUCACACAACCUUUUACAUAACAUGUGCACCACCUACACCUAUCUUGUACAUAAGGACACAAAUGAAAAAGCUAGAAUGCACACAACCCGAACUGAGUGCUGAGGAGGAAAUAUGCCUUCCCUGGGCUGUGUGUGUGUGUGUGUGUGUGUGUGUGUGUGUGUGUGUGUGUGUGUGUGUGUGUGUGUGUGUGUGUGUGUGUGUGUGUGUGUGUGUGUGUGUGUGUGUGUGUGUGUGUGUAUGUUUAUGUGUACAUGCUCCUAGAGGGUUGUGAGUGUUUAAUGUGUGUGCGUGUGUGUGUUUUGUGUGUAUGGUUAGCCUGUUUUGCGUGAUGAGGAGAGGUGAGGUGAAGCACUCGGGUGGUUGUUGACCAAAACAAUGCCAAUAUGUAAAUGCUACUCAGCCAGUGGCCCUUUUUACAUAGUACAUGUUUUCUAUGGACAAACCUCUUGUGUGUGAUCUCUUUGCAUUGUUCAUUCAAGCAUACAGGUGGACAGGUAUACUUUAUCGAUGAGAGCUGCAUGAGGUUGUAAGAAUUAGACAUUUUAAAACUUUUUUCGGGUUUGUUUUUGUUUUGGAUUUGUUUGCCCUAACAACUCACUGCCCCCUCUUCUCCCCAACUUGUAUUUUGUUAUAUAUAUUAUAUAUAUGAGGCAGCAGAACAUGUUUUCUGUUUUGUUUUUAUUUCUUUUCUUUUCUCCAGUCAUCUACAGAAUCCCCCCAUCUCCCUCCCGCCUCCCCUAGUCCCAUGAUGUUGCCCACAGGAUGUGAUGUCAGUAUUUUUUUGCAGGGCUUGAGCCCUUAAUGCCGGUUGGGGAGGGCAGGGUGGUCCCUCUGCAUUGGGGGUACCUCUGUUAGCCGCCCGCUGGUCUAAAGAAUGUGAUCAUGAAUGAAGGUCUGGAAGACUCAAGUUUGCUCUUCCCUCUGUAUGUCCCCUGAUUUCCCUCUUAUCUCUCUCUCUCUCUCUCUCUCUCUCUCUCUCUCUCUUGUUCUCUCUCUCCUUCAAGGUCUUGCUCUUCCUUGGUGGUGUCAGGGUUGUUUUGUCUGUGUGCGUGCGAGCGUGCAUGUGUGUGUGUGUUACGCUUCCUCCCCUUUCUCGAGAUUAAAUGAGGAGGCUUUUUGGAUUAUGUGCAUAUCACCCCAAUUGUACAGCAUCUCAUACCAUGGGAACAUAAGGUUAUUGUCCUCUUCUGUUUCUUUUGUUUUGUUUUUGUUUUUUCUUUUGUUUAUUUUCCCCCCCCUCUGUGGCGGGUGUGUGUGUGUGUGUGCGUGUGUGUGCUGUCGCUUGCCGACAUCAAGUUUCUGUUCUCCUCAAUGAGGAUAGUUGCUCAUGUGUGAGCCUUCAUUAAAUCGAAGUAUAAGAAAAGUGGUUGAGAAAUAUUUAUGGGUUAAUGUAGGUUACAUCUUUAUAUACCGCCUCAUGUUGACUCAACUAUUUUCAGAAUGACUUGUACUAAUAUUCAUUGUUUACCAUGCUGUAGUGCUUCAAUACACUACGUAGAGCAAAAAUAAAAAAAAGAAUACUCGGUUUACAUUUAA